AUGCCGCCACGACCUCGCUCAAACGAGAGCGCAUCUGCCUCACAUUCACGCGCUCCUUCACAUGGUGAAGGCAUGGACAUUGACCGACCCGACUUACCUGAUCCUCAGUCUUCAAGAGCCGAGUGGGGCAGGAUCCUCAUCUGUGGCGGUUUAGACUGGGAACGUAACGCGCAACCCCCAUCGUCAAAGGAGGUGUCGUCCAAGGGCACGAAAUUAUUAGAUGACGACCAACCUAUUCCUGUCAAGCCUCGGUGGAUGUCGCACCUGAAGAUCACGCAGGUCAUCGGUGGCCCACAGGCAAACUACACCAUUCUGAUCGACUUGGCGGGCACCGCCCACAUAUUUGGACGUGUUCCAUUCUUCAAGAUGGAGAACCCUACCCCGCGUAACCGGGUUCACGUCGUUUCCUGCGAAAGACCGCUGCAUGUUCCUGGGCCCAAUGGGAGAAAGUGGGAUGGCGGCGCAGUGGGUGAUUCCCACUUUUUCCUCUUCUCCGGCUCGGAAUUGUAUGGCGCGGGCGACAACCGCGCCUCCCCGCUUGGUGUUACUGGCGAGUAUUUCGCUGAACUCGAGCAUAUCCCAGGACCUUGGAAGCGGAGAAAUAUCCGUCAAGUCGCGACUGGCCAGACCUUUAGUCUGAUUCUUGAUUCGGCCGGCGUUGUCUACGCCGCGGGCAAGAGCCAAUUCGGCCAGCUCGGGAAUGGUACGACGGGAGAGAUCAUCCUCAGAAACGGCAAGGUUGGCUACAGCUAUCAGGCCAGUCCACUUCCGGUCCCAACGCGUGUUCAACUCGACCACGCGGCGACGGCCAUCUACGCAGGCCCAUCAAGCAGUUUUGUCAUAACCGAGAACGAGGGAACCGAGCUUUGGGUUGCGGGCAAGUGCCGCCUCGUUGGGCCCGGAUCAUCGUCCGAGCCAUUCAGGGAGUUCGCUAGACUCCUUCACCUGGAGAACGUGCAGGACUUUAGCGCCGGGUUCAUCAGCCACUUUGCGACGGUGGUGGACGAUGACGACGUCCCCCGCACAUAUGCUUGGGGCCAGGGCGCGACGCAUGGCGAGUUGGGCAUCGGCUCGGACUUUCUCAGCUCGAGUGAACCGACCCCAAUAGAGCACCUGGACAAUAUCGAGGUUCUCUCUAUUGCGGCAGGACACGUCCACACUGUGUUCUUAGUCAAGCCGGACGAGACGCUGGAGGAGCGGAUUGGCAAUGCGGCGCAGGAGGACAGCGAGGACGACGAGCCUGUCAAACAGCCCUUGGGCCGGCCGCCCGGGCGGGGGAGGGCGAGAGGCCGUGGCCGCCAUGCACGGGGUCACGGAUGGGAGUCUAGAAGCCAAAUACGCAAAGCCAAAGAGGUCGAUGAAGAGAGGGAAAAGAUUAAAAAACUCGCGAUCGCGCGGUGGCCGGCGAUCGACAGCGGUGACCUGUGCAACAUCUGCCACCUGGCGGAGCAGGACGACAUGACUUUCCUCGAGUGCGAGCGCUGCGAGGAGGGCUACCACAUGGACUGCCUUCAACCGCGGUUGUACGAGUUACCCGAUGGCGAGUGGUUCUGUCCCGAAUGCGAGGACAGCAUCAUCGAAUGGAGUCGCCCAAGGGCCCAGACACCAGAACCUGAGAUUGAAGACGAUGACGGUCCCGGACUAGACUAG